UCGUAUUAAUUUGCAAACAUUCACAACCCGGUCCUCCCACAAGGGCAAACAUCCCGCCCCGCCAUGACUGACCUCCUAUCGCCACCGCCGUCAUCGUCGCAACCGCACUACUGGCAGACGCGAUACUUCCUCUACAUGGAAUUGCCAUCGUCAAUCGUAUCAUCCAGUUCCGACAACGGAGAGCUGCCCUCCCAUGAAACGGAUAAAAUGCUCUCAGCCUGGGACCUGUCGACGGCGGUGCCGAUGUCGGAGAAUAUGCUAUCAGAUGCCGAGCAGACGCAAUUGCUACUGUACGACAUCCUAAUCCCGUUGCUGGGCUCGUUGAUAAUCGUGAUGAACGCGGCCGUCGUUACGUCCAGUUUGUUGCUUCUACGAAAAGGUCAACAACCAUACACGACGUACUUAUUUCUGGGAAAUGUAGCAGCAUCAGAUCUGCUGACGGGAUUCGCCGUCCUAUAUGGCCAGUAUGCGCCCAAGGAAAUCCGCGGCGAAGAUAACUGUUCCAUCCUUAUCGGAUUAAUUGUAUCCACCACCCUUGUAUCGGUGUACAGCAUUGGAUUGAUCGCAGUCGACCGGUACCUGUACAUCGUCUACGGGCUCCAGUACCAGCGCUACAUCACACCCACCAGGGCGAAGCUCUCCAUCGCCGCCACCUGGUUUAUCG